AUGAUUAUCGGUACGCAAAACGUGCGCACAGUUGCACUGAUGUUCAUUGUGCUGAUGUACUUACUCUUCGGUGCUGCUGUUUUCAAUGCUUUGGAAUCCAAAGAAGAACAUAAUUUACGUGAAGCUUUGCAAGCAAGAAUCUCGCGGAUUUUGUUUAAAAACGAAACCAUUCAUAAUGAAGUUCUGUUCACUUCUUUAACAACAGCCAUAUUCGACAGCCGACAUUUUCGUUCAGGAACGACCAAACAAUGGACGUUUCCGGGUGCCUUCUAUUUUUCUACUCUAGUUGUGACGUUAAUUGGUUACGGUCACACAACACCCAAAACUAUGGGCGGAAAAAUCUUUUGUAUGGUGUAUACCGUUGCCGGCGUUCCUCUUAAUUUAAUUAUGUUUCAAUCAGUUGGUGAACGAUUGAAUGCAAUUAUUUCAUUUGUUUUAUCGCGUAUUAAACGUCUAUUCGGUUUUCGUCGGCAUAAAGUAUCCGGUUUUGAAUUAAUCGCUGUCGAACUUUGCAUGACAACAAUGCUUGUAUUCGGUGGCUCACUUAUUUUCAGUCGGCAAGAAAAAUGGACAUAUUUCGAAGCGAUCUAUUACUCUCUUGUGACAUUUUGGACUAUCGGCUUCGGUGACCUAGUCCCACUAGCGAGUUUACAACGUACUGGACAAUCAUUGUACUCUCAUUGGGGGUAUUUUAUCUUUACCAUAUCAUUUAUUCUUUUUGGACUUGCAUUAGUUGCUUCAUCAUUGAAUUUACUCGUCCUUCGUCUAGCACAAUUUCAUUCGGAGAAUGGGAUCGGCGGAAUAUCAGCAUUUCUCGGCCGAAAUGAAGAAGAUCUUAUCGCGGCUGCCAUCGCUGAGCAUCGUGCGUCGAUGUGUGUUCAGCAACGUACUCGCAUUUGUUCGAACUCUAAUUCAAACACUCUGAGUCAAACAAACAAAAACUUGACACCGUUUCUUUCCAUGAAAACCAAUUCACAAUGGUCGUUGUCGUCGUCAACAGCCGCAUCGCACGAUAAAAAGUCGGAUAUACACGCGAAUUUGCAUGAAAACACGUGCUGUUCAUGUCUAUCCGUAUUCUAUUGUCGAAAACGACGCCGACGCCAUUGGCACCUGCGUCGUUCACCGCAAAAUAUCAAACAUUUACUAUAUUCAGAUAAUCAAAAACUAAAACUCGUACGUCGAUCAUUGAUUUCAAAUCAAUAUCAUCAUCCAGUUGUCAAUCAUGUUUCUGAACCAGCUUUCUCGCACAAGCAACAUAGAAUAUCGAUUUAA